CUAGUAAAAACAGUUUAUAUAAUAGUUUUAUUUAGUUAAUAUAUGACAUUUAAAAUUUUAAUAAAAACUUAUUUAAAAGAAAUUAAUAAUUUUAUAGAUUAUUAAUUAUGUAUUUAUUUUUAAUUAUAAGUAUAAUUAUUAUUGUGUCAAUUAAUGGACAAGUAAAAAAAUCGGUUCACAUGAAUAUCGAGUUUUCUGGAAAUAUUGAUAUAAAUAUCAAUUUUGACAAUAAAAACAAUGAUAAAGAUAUUGGGUCUAUGUAUAUAUGCGGUGGAUAUAAUGGAUCAAAUUAUUUGUCUGAUUGUUAUAAAUAUAAUAAACACUCAAUUGAUUGGCAAUCCAUACAAUCCAUGUCUACUACACGUCAAUCGUUUGGUUUGGUUUCAAUGGAUUCAAGAUUGUAUGCAAUCGGCGGAUAUAAUAGUACAACUAUAGAAACUGUUGAAACAUACGAUUUCCAUACAAAUAUAUGGGAUGGGAUUUCAUCAAUGAAUUUACCUAGAUAUGCAUUUGGUUCAGCUGUAGUUAAUAAUAAAAUUUAUGUUUGCGGCGGAUAUAAUGAUGAAAUAUUAAAAUCAUGUGAAUAUUAUUCAACAAAUACUGAUGAGUGGUAUUUUAUAACACCUAUGGGUAGUGAAAGAUCUGAGUUUGAAUUGGUAUCAAUCGGUGAGGGGUUUCUGUAUGCUAUCGGAGGCUAUAAUAGAAAUGGAUAUUUAAAUUCAAUGAAUAGAUUUGAUAUAAAAUCAAAACAAUGGACUCGUAAAGCAAAUAUGAUAUCAAAAAGAAGUAAAUUUGGUUCAGUGUCAUUUAUGGGUAAAAUAUAUGUUUGCGGCGGUUUGGGUAAUAGUGACGGGAAAACAUGCGAAAAAUAUGAUCCGCAAACAAACCAUUGGACACCUAUUGCAUCAAUGAAUGAUAAACGAUUUAAUUUUAAAAUGGUUUCAAUCGGUGACAAUUUAUUUGCAUUGGGUGGUUAUUCAGGAGAUAAAGGUAGACUUGAUUCGGUCGAAAUAUAUGAUCGCUAUUCAGAUAAAUGGUUUUAUACGCAAUCAUUGCCGCAAACAAUUGAUUCAUUUGGGGCUACUACUGUAAAUUAA